ACCAAGAGCCAGGGUAUCCUGAAGACGAUGCAGCGAAGAUUGGUUACCAACAAGUUCAUGACCGCCGGUAUCAUCGCCAUUCUCGUCGUGAUCAUCGCCGUCAUCAUCUAUCUGAAGUGGGGCUGAGCAUCGGCGGAUCCAGUCUAGCCCCUGGCGCAUAACCAUGCGUAUGUCUGCACCUAUGCGCUGGGCUGCACUCCUUCGCUCCUUCCUUGCUCCGUUCCUUCCUUGCUCCGUUCCUUCCUUGCUCCGUUCCUUCCUGCGUUCCUCCUUUCCUGCCUAUGAAGUUCAUGUCUUUGCUCGUCUUUGUUGUUAUUGCUCUGUUGUUGCUGCUGUUCUUGUUGUUUCAAUGCUGUUGGCCUCUCCCCCCUCAAUUGUGAGGCACAAAACAAGAAGAAAAAGUGUGAAUCAGCCGCGGGUGAUUCCUCCGCCAUGUUCCUUGUCGCUGCCGCACCGAUCCUGCCCUGUCCACCCCGCGUCGUCCAGCCCAGCGGAGCGACGGUGUCGGGGAAGAAGGAGGGCUGAUCCGUGUCCAGAUCCAAAACCCCCUCAGGGAGACAUUUCCCACCACGCCAAUGGACCACCGCCUCGCCCUCCGCCUCGCCUGGCAUCAUCGCCCCCCCCCUCAUUCCGACCCACAGCCUGAUCGGCCACGUUCGAGGUCACGGUCACGUUCGAGUCCAAAGAAAAUGUAUUUUUGUCAGAUGAAAGAGCAUUCGAAAUAGGGAACCUGUGCGUGGGCAAGGAGGAGCUCAGGCUGGAGAGGUGAUCAGGAGCCUGCUUGCAGAUGAAGGGUACUGACUGAUUGCUGUUCUAGUGAUGAAAGCAAACAUCAAAGCGUAAAAGUUUG